GUUGAUGACUGAUUUCCUCUGGUCAAAGCUGUGCCUGCCUUAGACAGAGUGGGAGGAGAUGGCGACGAAAGCUGAGGCGUCCAUGGACCCUCUGGCUCCUCUGCUUUCGUCAGUGACUUGGAGCGCUCUGAGAACUUUGUGAACUCUCCGUGUUGGAAUAGGAAGGGAGAGGAAGGGGAGCAGUUAAUGGGACGCAGCCCGACAGCAGCGGCAGGCUCCUCUCGGGACUCUCAACUGGAGAUAAUCCCCCGGGGUCAUGACAAGACAGCGCCACAGCCUCCUAACCCCCCUGGCACUGCUGGGACUCCUUGUGGGGCUUGCAGAACUCAGCCAUGGCUCUGCCGGUGAGGAUGAGGAUUACUACAUGCAGGAGCUUCUGACAAGAGAUCAGUACAACCGGGUCCAAAUGCUGGAGAAGCCUGUGGCCUCGAUACCUGACAGACACGAGCACCCCAGCCAAAACCCUGUGAAGAAAGUGCCCAAGGGAAAGGCAGAAAGCAGCCGGCAGAUGGAUAAAACCACAGCUGAUACAAAAUCAGUGAAAGCAGCCAACAAAAAGACUGAGAAGAACAAGAAGAGCAUCCUGAAAACCCCAAACAGCAUCUCAGAGGGAGAAGGACAAUACAGCUCCAUAAAAGAGGAAUGCCCUCCCAUGGGACUGGAGACAUUGAAGAUUGAUGAUUUCCAGCUUCACGCUUCAACUACAAAACGCUACGGCCUUGGUGCUCACAGAGGUCGUCUUAACAUUCAGGCUGGACUUUAUGAAGAUGACCUCUAUGACGGGGCCUGGUGCGCUGGGAGAGAUGACCCGCUGCAGUGGUUCGAGGUGGACGCCAGGAGGCUGACAAAGUUCACGGGGGUCAUCACACAAGGCAGGAGCUCCCUCUGGUCGAGUGAUUGGGUCACCUCAUACAAGGUCAUGGUGAGCAAUGACAGUCACACCUGGAUAACACUGAGGAAUGGCUCGGAGGACAUGAUCUUCAGGGGAAACAGGGAAAAGGAGAUCCCGGUCCGGAACAUCUUCCCAGUUCCAGUGGUCGCUCGAUACAUUCGAGUAAACCCUCGCUCUUGGUUUAACAGCGGCAGUAUCUGUAUGAGAGUGGAGAUUCUUGGCUGUCCAAUGCCAGAUCCAAAUAAUUAUUACCACAGACGCAAUGAGGUCAUAACAACAGAUGACUUGGACUUCAGACACCACAGCUACAAAGAAAUGAGGCAGCUUAUGAAGGUGGUCAAUGAAAUGUGCCCCAACAUCACCCGGAUUUAUAACAUAGGAAAGAGUCACAGUGGGCUCAAGCUGUAUGCCAUAGAGAUAUCUGACAACCCAGGAGAGCACGAAGUUGGUGAACCGGAGUUUCGUUACACAGCGGGUUCCCAUGGUAACGAGGUGCUGGGACGAGAGCUGCUCCUCCUGCUGAUGCAGUUCAUGUGUCUGGAGUAUCUGUCAGGCAACCAGCGGAUACGUCACCUGGUGGAAGAGACCAGAAUCCAUCUAUUGCCAUCUGUCAACCCUGAUGGGUACGAGAAAGCCUUUGAAGUGGGUUCAGAGCUCAGCGGGUGGUCUCUGGGUCGAUGGAGCAAUGAUGGAAUAGACAUUCACCAUAACUUCCCUGAUCUCAACUCCAUCCUGUGGGAAGCUGAGGACAAGAAGUGGAUCCCUCGCAAAAUGUUCAACCACCAUGUGUCCAUCCCGGAGUGGUACCAGUCCAAAAAUGCCUCAGUUGCUGUGGAGACGCGGGCUCUGAUAACAUGGAUGGAGAAAAUGCCCUUUGUGCUGGGCAGCAACCUCCAGGGAGGGGAGCUGGUGGUGACCUUCCCAUACGACAAAACUCGCUCCCAAGGGGUGACCAGAAAGCAGACCCCCACCCCGGAUGACCACGUCUUCCGCUGGUUGGCCUUUUCCUACGCGUCCACCCACCGCCUGAUGACCGAUGCCAGCCAAAGGGUCUGCCACACAGAGGAUUUUGCCAAGGAGGACGGCACCAUCAACGGAGCGUCCUGGCACACUGCAGCUGGCAGUAUGAAUGAUUUCAGUUACUUGCACACCAACUGCUUUGAGCUGUCGAUGUAUGUGGGUUGUGACAAAUUUCCUCAUGAGAGUGAACUGCCUGAGGAGUGGGAGAACAAUCGUGAGUCUCUUCUCGUCUUCAUGGAGCAGGUGCAUCGUGGGAUCAAAGGCGUGGUGAGGGACGUGCAAGGCCGUGGAAUAGCCAAUGCAAUCAUCUCCGUGGAGGGCAUCAACCACGAUAUCCGCACAGCUGCUGAUGGCGAUUACUGGCGCUUGCUGAACCCCGGAGAGUACAGAGUAACCGCCAGGGCUGAGGGCUACAGCCUCACCAGCAAGAAGUGCGAGGUGGGCUACGAGAUGGGCGCCACCAGGUGCGACUUCGUCAUUGGCCGCACCAACCUGUCACGAAUCAAAGAAAUAAUGGAAAAAUUCAACAAGCAGCCCAUCAGAUUGCCCCUCCGGCAGCUCCACGCCCGCAGGUCCAGAGAGAGACGUCUGGGAACAUAAUGAUUAUUCAAGGAAGAGGGAGGAAGAAGAGGAAGAAUUAAAACCAAACAUCUGCUCUGAUCAGACUGGGGUGAACUCCAAGCCAGGGUUUGGACCUCCGUCAGAUUCCAAAGUGCUGUCAGUGGAAUUAGUGUCUGAAGAAUGAAAAUGUGGUUUAAUUUAAAAAGGGAUGCUUUAUUUGGUUUUUGUUAUGUUUCAUCCCCAGGCAUAAGCUCUCUCUGUGUUCACUGUAGUCAUCUCAUCUUCUCUUGAUAUCCAGUGUAAACGUUUAAGUAUUUCACUCUGUCAGAGACAACAUUUAUAUUUUUUGACCCCCUUUUUUCAGCUUAUAUUCCACCAUCAAUACUGCAAUACUGAUAUGAUGAUAUGGUGACAGAUAUGAGAAUUUAAUCAUGUCAAAACUUAUUUUUGUAAAUAUAAAAAAAGUUUAAUUUAGCACCUGAUUUUAGCCACUGUGAGGAAUGGCCAUGACUGUCAUUAUGUACAUACUUAUUAACUUAUGUAACAGUUAUGCAAACCAUUACAAAAGCUUUAUUACCUGCACUUGUACAAUUUUUGGUCCUUUAAGAAAAAAAGAAAAAAAAAACUUGUGGACUCAGUGACCUUUUGUGCGUCAUUGAUAGUUUUUGUACACUUUGCUUUUGACAAGUUAUGAAAUAAAGACAAUGUUUGCACAGACUGAAGCUGUUCAUUAGCUAAUAGGGAAGCAUGUGGCUUUUAUUCAUGUUAAGCACUCUGGAAAUCAAUCAAGUUUAAUUUGUAAAGUACCUUUCACACCGGUUAGUGCAGUUCAAAAGUCUUUGGUAAUGCAUUAUUUUACAGGUAAAGGUUCAUAAUCUCAUGAUUGUGCUUUGUUUUAAGGUUUUGUAAUUGUUCCCUGGAAUGAGCAAUGCAAAUUGGUAGUAAUUAAAGAAAACCUGAUACUCAA